CUCAUAUUAAGGAUAUGGUUGGUGCCCCAGAGUUCAUUACUACUGAUGACGCUCAAGUGGAAUACAAGGCCAUCCGUAAAGCAUUUGGACGGGAUGUAACUGUCCAUUUGUGUCUAUGGCAUGUGAUGAAAGCCUGGGCCCGCAAGCUCUCGACCUUAAUUCGAGGUGCCGAUAGGAACCAAAACAAGGAUCUUCGGCAAUCCGCAAUGAAUGAACUCCGUUCGAUUCUUUAUGAUCCAUCCCCCCGAAGUGCCGGUGAGAAGAUAGUUGAAUUCGAAAAGAAAUGGUCGGAGCACAAUGGGGGGAAACUUUGGAAAUACCUCAAAGGACGAUACUUUAUUGAAGGACGUAGGCAACGGUGGAUGAAGUCAUAUCGUGUUGGCUAAUUCUAUGCCGGCAUGGACACCAAUAAUUAUGUAGAAUCUUGGCACAAUCAUCUCAAGCCUCAUUUUCUACGAGGCCAUACUAACUGCCGAGGUGAUAGGCUGAUCUACCUUUUAAGCCAUGAUGUAGAUGACUUCUAUCAAGCGCUGGCAAUGCGUAGUGUAGUUCGUUAUGACCGGCAUUCCAAAGGCGGGAAGAUAGAUAUCUUGCAAGAAAGAUGUCUAGACAACAAAACAAUUGAGGAGCUUCAAGGUCUGGUUAUCUACGUUGAAGGGUAUUAUUGCGUUAUCUCGCCAACAACUGGGCGUGGUAUAUAUAGCAUUAACGUCGAUGAAAACAAUACCAUUAGAGGAUGUAAUUGCCAAUACUUUAUUAAUCGGCGCCGUCCUUUCAAACAGAAUGACGAAAAUCGUCCACUAAGUCUUUCCAGAAGGCUAUGCCUUUG